AUGGAUAAAGGCAUAGGUGUACCGAGCGACGAAAAAAUCGUGAAUAUGAUUCAAGCAUGGCGACUCAAAGAAAAAGAGGAGAAAGGAUCAGAUAAUGGUGAUGAGGAUAGCGAGGACGGAUUGGGUCUCUCAUGCUUGGAAAAAUCAGCAUCCGAACCUUUGAAACGUGAUAAUGUAGCGCCAGACGAAGUUGUUGAGAUCAUAAAAGAACUACGGGGGGAGGAAAAAAGGAGAUUUCCAUACACACCAUACCAAGCAUCUGACAACGACGAUUUAAAUUCUGUUAAAUACAAAAUGGAGGAAAUAGAGCUGAUUUUCAAACAAAUCAGUAAUGAGAUGGAAUGGGAGAAAAUCAACGUAGAGGCCUUGCAAUCGAUCAAAAAUGAACAUGGAUUAACUACACCGGGAGAAGUUAAAACUUGGGUAUUGAAAACGAACAACUUUUUGAGGCUAGGCCAGAAAAUCAUCAGCAUAGCGGAACAAAGCAAGAUAAUGAGCGAAUAUAUGACGAUGAACGAAGAAUUCAGAAAAUGCUUGAAGGACGAAAAUAGAAGAACCGACGAAAAAGAAACGGGAGAGAAAAGGCCAGUUCCAGAAACCCCUUCGCCAACAAGUUCAAAAAGAGGAUGA